GUGAAAUCACCCACGAUCAACGCCAUUGGCUGAGAUUGAAAUGAAAAAUUCUUUAUGUUUUUCUCUGGAGUAUAUAAAAUCAUAUAUGUUAUCAUCACGAUCUUAUAAUGUAUUAUAAUUGUAUCUAGAAGAGUCUGAUCAGUAUCGAAACCUCACACUGUAGUCUCCCAUCUUUGCUGCCUCUUACAGCCGUUAUGCUGCUACCUCCUGUUCGUACGUCGCCAACCAAGCUGUUAGUUUUUAUUUUGUGCCACCAGAUGGGGUUUUGUUUCAAUCAUCUUUUUCAACCUUUGGACACUGAGAUGAAUCAUAUUCAAGAUUUGAAAAUUCAACAUGUUCUGGACAACACUGCUCAUGCUGAAGAAAAUGAUGUACAGAGAAGAAUUUUCGGGAAUUCAUUUAAUGAUGAAAUUCUGAGCAAUCAACAUCAGUUUCCGAAUGACCGCCCUGACAGCAACACUCUUUCUAAUGUAUAUCAAUAUCCAAAGCUUCAGAUGUUGACAAACAACUUCUUCCCCCAAGGGUUUUACCAAGUUCCACUGAAAGAAAAUAUGGUGAACGUUCAUUAUGAAGAAGCUAAAAAGGUUAAACGACAAAGUCCGGACAAUGUUUUUAUACGAUUUGGACGAAACACCGAAUCCACAUCGAAAUACUCCUCUGACGUCACGUCUAACUUGUUAUUUACUCUCUUAAAUUUUUAUUUUCCUUUCAACCUACAAACUAUGGAGAAACUCAGAACCUCUGACUCAUUUGGUAAACAUAAUCAAGAAAAGUAUUACUUGUCAAACCUCCUAAAAGUAAAAGUUCUGGACACUUUUAGAAACAACAAACAAAGAAGCGGCAAGGCCAAACCACUUGCGUUGCAGACUCGUAACGGAAAUGCACUUGUUAGGUUUGGAAGGUCUGUGAAAGAAUAUUCAGAUAUAGGAUAUGAUUCUGAACGUGGUAUUUCAUCUACGACACUAAAUAAGUUAGAUUUCGAUGCAAUAGACGAUCAAAAUUUGAGAACUUCUCAUUCAGUGCAACCUGAUUACGAAUUUCUUUCUAAGAACUAUGUUUCAAAUAAAUUCCAGAAAAAUUAUAAUACAUUACCAUUUAUCUUUCUUAGUUGCAUAAAAGGUUUAGAAAAGCUAGCUACUAUUGGAGAUCACAAGGACAUCCCAAGAUAUACCAGAAAAGUAUCCAGGAAUGUAAUUUGCCAAAGACCAAUAGAAAAAUGUGGUUUAUUUUCUGAUUCAAACCAUGAGAUAUUGGGACCAUUUUCAGAGAAAAAACUUCAUAAAAGAAGCACAAACAGUGAUAUCACUUUUGACAGAAAUCCAAUUUCAAUGACCCGGUUUAGAAGAUCACCAAAUGCUGUGCUAAGAUCUGGAAAAACAACAAAGUCUGUGGUAAGAUUUGGAAGAAAACCUAAUUCUGUUGUUACGUUUCGUAAAAACGUCAUACCUUUAUUUAAAUUUAAUAAGCUAAUUAAUUCUGCAGCAAGAUUUGAUAAAACUGACAGUUCUUUGAAUAGAUUUGGGAGAGCAGAUAAUUCUAUACUUAGAUUUGGUCGAUCACCAAGCUCUAUGAUCAGGUUUGGUAGAGCACCCACUUCCAUGAUCAGAUUUGGUAGGUCACCUAGCUCUGUGGUGAGAUUUGGUAGAGCACCCACUUCCAUGAUCAGAUUUGGUAGGUCACCAAGCUCCGUGAUGAGAUUUCGUAGAGCACCCACUUCCAUGAUCAGAUUUGGUAGGUCACCAAGCUCUGUGAUGAGAUUUCGUAGAGCACCCACUUCCAUGAUCAGAUUUGGUAGGUCACCAAGCUCCGUGAUGAGAUUUGGUAGAGCACCUACUUCCAUGAUCAGGUUUGGUAGGUCACCUAGCUCCGUGGUGAGAUUUGGUAGAGCACCCACUUCCAUGAUCAGAUUUGGUAGGUCACCAAGCUCCAUGGUGAGAUUUGGAAGAGCACUCACUUCCAUGAUCAGAUUUGGUAGGGCACCAAAUUUCAUGAACAGAACAGAUGGGACACCAAUAUCCAUGACCAGAUUUCGUAGGACACCAAACUCUAUGAUCAGAUUUGGUAGAACACCAAGUUCCAUGAUCAAAUUUGGAAGGACGCCAACUUCUAUAAUCAGAAAUGGUAGGAUACCAAAUUCCAUGAUCAGAUUUGGUAGGACACAAAGUUCCGUGAAGAGACUUCAAAAAACAAGUGAUUCUUCUAUUAGAAGUGUUGGAUUUGGUAGAGUGCCACGUUCCACGAUCAGAUUUGGAAGAGCACCUAAUUCUAAGGUCAAUUUUGGAAGAAAUCUCGAUGAAUCAAUUAAAAGCAGGAAGAAAUCUAAUGCGAAGAUGUCUGUACACAAUGAAGAAAUAAACAACAAAUUUAUCGGAUAUUUGACAACUCCUAGAACUUUAGAGAACUUUAAUGAAAUUAUCAAACUAACCGAUCGUUAUGGAUGCCUUUCUGAUAAAAAGUGCGUCGAUGUUCUGAAAGCUGAAAGAAACAAUGAUCAUUUUUACGAAAAUUCUGCUCCCGACUCACUUCAGAAUACAGCUUUCUACAAAAAUGGAAAUUUGAAACACUUCGCAACAAAAGAAAAAAACAACAAAAAUACACCAAGUGUUAAAUCAAUUACAGAAAAGUUCAAUUUAAUGAGUCCAUAAAUGGUCUAGAACAAUCUACUGUCUUUUCAUUUAAUGAAACAUGUUAUCAAAACAAAUAUACAGUAUGUA